AGAUGGUAGCUAUUAGUGGCUGAUUUGAAACAAAGAAUUAAGUUAUUUUUCUACCAUUUCAGCUGUGAAAUGUUUGCGGUGUGUGGUUGGAGUGUAGUGUUGCUGUUGCUGUGGUACUGUGGCGUCACACCGGGCCUACAACCCAGUGUUCGACUAAUACAGUCACCGUCGGGGAAUAUUUUCAUGAUGGAGAACACUACUUUCCUCCCAGCUAAUGCGUUUCUUGUCCUCCCCAGCACCAGCUUCUGCAUGUGUAAGAACCAGUGCAUGGUGACAGGGAAUUGCAGUGCAUGGUCUUUGGUGCAGAAUGUUGGAGGUGGGAGCGAGUGUAGACUUGCUAGAGGAGGACCCACCAACUACCCCACCAUCAACGCCACCAACGCCACCUACUUCUACAGGCAAGACUCUGUCCCUGGAACAUACUCGUGGGAGAAGGACGGUCUGUUGUACCUAAAUACCACGAUGUUGAGGAAAUAUGCAGACGCUAAGACAUACUGCGCCUCCAUACCAGGUCACCGCCUCGGUAUCUUCAAGACCAUUCAGCAGAAGGACAUUCUCCUGGCACUUCCCGUCCUGAGUAGUGGUAAAUGGGCAUUGGACCUCGUUAACAGCAGUGCUGGACCAGUCUGGGGUGACGGUACAAUGUACUAUAACACCGAGCUGGGGCAGAACUUCAGUAUAGUGGAAGCCCCAAACACCGUCGGCAUCCCCAUGGACAUCUACAUCUACAUCAACGGCUCUAUCACCAGGGGCUAUAAUGUGUAUAACAGGAAUUUUCAGUGUCAGGUCAACCCUGGAGGAGUAGACUGGUAACUCUGGUACACUUGCAGGAUGAGAGGCUGGAGGGAAAGACAGGAGAAAAGCAGGGAAGUAGGCAGUGUCGAAGGCAGGGGGAAAGGCAGGGUAGAGAUAGGAAGACUGGGAGGAAGGCAUGGAGAAGGCAGAGGGAAGUCAGGGUUGAAAUAAAGAGCUAGUCGAAGUUACCUUGCAAUUUAACACUUUCUGGGUUUGGUAACAGUUGCUGGAAUUUUUAACACUUAUUUGGUUUGGUGACACUUGCUGGAAUUGGUAACACUUGCUGGAAUUGCUACUUGCUGAGUUUGGUAACACUUGCUGGAGUUGGUAACACUUGUAAGAAUUGAUAAAUAUAGCACUUACCAGGGUUGAGAACAGUUGCAUGGUUGACAACACUUGCUAGGGUUGUUGACACUUGCAGGGAUUGGUAACACUUGUCAUGGUUUUUGCAACACUUCGGGGUUGGUAACAGUUGCAUUGGUUGGUAAUACUUGCUAGGGUUGUUGACACUUUCAAGAAUUGGUAACACUUGUCAUGGUUUUGUAACACUUCGGGGUUGGUAACAGUUGUGGGGGUUGAUAAAACUUGACGGGUUUUCAACACCUACCGGGGUUGGUAACAGUUGUCAGGAAGAGUGGAGAGUGGUUUAGAAAAACACGUAAGUAAACACAAGGACAGAUUAAAAGUUUCGGUCCUGGGACCUUGUUCACUUCUAACAUACAGAGGUUGAAAGACACUACAUAUAGGUGGAGAGUGAGGUGUGAGUGACGCAUUGUGACCUGAAGAAUGCCGCUUUGGGUUGAGGACGGGUAGAUGAUGAGAUCAUGUGACUCCUGUGUUGCUGGGUAGGUCGUGUUGUGCCUGGUUUAGUAUCAUAUAUGCUUAUGUUUUAGAAAUUUUGUGGUUUCCAGUAUUGUGUUCUAUUGUGUCGGUGACGGCCAUUAGCGAGGCUUCUCGAAAUCGUGGGCGUCUAAGGUCUGGUUCGAUGAGAACGAGUUGUGCCUCAUCCCAGUUCAUCAAAUGCCCCGUGGAGUCUCUAUGGAGGAUACAGGCGUACCUUAAAUCGUCUCUAUUACAGGCACUUCGAUGCUCGCUCAGGUGGACCGCAAGAUCUCUGCCUGUUUCGCCUACAUAUUUCUUGGGACAGAAUCCACAGGGGAUGGUGUAGACGCAGCCCCACAUCUCUAACUUCCUUAGCAGGCGUCUGCACCAUCCCCUGUGGAUUGUGUCCCUAGGCAGAGAUCUUGCGGUCCGCCUGAACGAGCACCGAAGUGCCUGUAAUAGAGACGAUUUAAGGUACGCCUGUGUCCUCCAUAGAGACUCCACGGUGCAUUUGAUGAACUGGAAUGAGGCAUAACUCGUUCUCACCGAACCAGACCUCAGACGUCGACGAUGUCUAGAAGCCUCACUACAAAUGCCGUCACCGACACAAUAGAACACAACACUGGAAACCACAAAAUUUCUAAAACAUAAGCAUACAUGAUACUCCAAAAGGUAAAGCACGACCUACCCAGCAACACAGGAGCCACAUAAUCUCAUCGUCUACCCGUCCUCAUCUCAACAUGGCAUUCUUCAGGGCACCAUGAGUCACUCACACCACAUUCUCCGCCUAUAUAUAAUGUCUUUCAGCCUCUGUAUGUUAGAUGUGAUCAAGGUCCCAGGACCGAAACGUUUUCUAAUAAAUAUGUCAUAGUGUUUGCUUACGUGUUUUUUUCUAAACCAGCUUGUUUAUAUCAGAGGUUUAUACCAGAGUGGAGAGUAUUCAUGGGGUUAACGCCCCCACGGCCAGGUCCAUGACCAAGCCUCGAGGGCCACGUGUGUAUUGUUUAAAAUCUGAAUGGGUGAUUAUUUUAACUGCUUUGAUUUCUGCUGGGCAGCAACAGAACAUAAAAACAUAAGAAAGGAGGAACACUGCAGUAGGCCUUCUGGCCCAUACUGGGCAGGUCCUUCACAAUCCAACCCACUAACAGAAUAUUUGCCUAACCCACUUUCACUGCUACCCUAACAAUAAGCUCUGAUAAAUCUAUUUACUCAUGUCCAAGUCCCACUUAAAUCCAACCCCUCUCACUCAUGUAUUUAUGCAUGCUGGUAGAAUUACCGACAAUAUUUUAGGUAAAAAGACACAACUGCAACUAAUGUGGCAUUUUAUUGCGGCAACGUUUCGCUUUUCAUGUAUUUAUCCAAUCAACACUUUAAACUACCCAAGAUUCCAGGUUCAAUCACCCCAACAGAUAGACUGUUCCACUCAUCAACCACACCAUCUCCAAAUUAAUACCCUCCUAUAUCCCUUCCAAAUCCAAACUUAUCUAAUUUGAAUCCACUGUUACGGGCUCCCUAUUGGAGGGACAUCCUCAGGACAUUAUUUAUAUCCCUUAUCAGCUGGUUUUCUAUUGUGGAUCCCUAAGCACAGAUACCAUAAGUAGGAAUGGUAACUCUUGCUACUUGUCAGGAAGAGUAAAGUUGUGCUAUCUACCUGGAGUCUACCUGGAGGGUGUUCCAGGGGUCAACGCCCCCGCGGCCCAUGUGCACAAUAUUAUCACCAAGUGUGUUUAACAGGACCUUCACUACCGCCUACUAAUGUAAAUAUAUAAACAUGGGUCUCAAAACUAACACAGAA